AUGCGCGGUCUUUACCUGAUUACCAACGACGAUCCAAUCCAAUUAUUAUUAGAAAAACUCGAAGCUACUUUAAGCACUAAGCAAGUCGCUAUUCUUCAGUAUCGCCGUAAAAAAGUAGCUCAAUCUGACCAAGCCAAUGAAGUGAAGCAGAUCAAGCAACUGUGUGAAAAGUAUCAGACACCAUUUUUGAUUAAUGAUGAUUUAGAUUUAGCUGAACAAUUUAGUUUAGGUGUUCAUCUUGGGCAAUCUGAUGGUGAAAUUUCAGAUGCAGUGCAACGUUUACCACAAGGUGUCAUCAUUGGGCGGACUUGCUUAAACUCAAUUGAGUUGGCUGAAAAAGCAAUCGCUGAAGGGGCAAGCUAUGUGGCCUUUGGCGCAAUUUAUGCAACAUCGACCAAACCUGAAGCAGGUAAUAUUGGCCUAGCAACAUUACAGCAGGCAUCUGAAAAGUUUGAUUUACCUAUUUGUGCUAUUGGCGGUUUAACAGUUGAAAAUUCUCAAGCUGUGAUUGAGGCUGGUGCUGACCUUUGCGCUUUGAAAAUAUUCCUGCCCGUGUCGCAGCUUGGGCACAGUUAUUUGCAGAAACUGCAAAAUCUUAAUUUGUAUCGAUUGAGUCGAUUUAUGAGCCUAUCUCCAAAACAAGAGCAAUUGUUUAAACAAGCCAGUAAACAUAUUCCAGGUGGAGUGAAUUCUCCAGUACGAGCGUUUAAUGGGGUGGGUGGUACGCCAGUAUUUAUCGAAAAAGCCAAAGGUGCUUAUUUAUACGAUGUCGAUGGCAAGCGCUAUGUGGAUUAUGUGGGUUCUUGGGGGCCGAUGAUUUUAGGUCAUGCACAUCCUGAUAUUAUCCAAGCAGUACAAGAAGCAGCAGUUGAUGGUUUAAGCUUUGGUGCACCGACAGUACAUGAAACCACACUGGCUGAUUUGAUCUGUGAAAUCAUGCCAUCAAUUGAAUUGGUUCGUAUGACCAACUCAGGUACUGAAGCAACCAUGACGGCUAUUCGUUUGGCGCGUGGUUAUACAGGUCGUGACAUGAUUGUGAAAUUUGAAGGUUGCUAUCACGGACAUUCAGAUUCUUUAUUGGUUAAAGCGGGUUCAGGCAUGUUGACCAUGGGUGAGCCAACAUCAAAGGGUGUACCUGCUGAUUUUGCCAAGCAUACGGUGACCUUGCCAUAUAAUGAUAUUGAGGCUGUUAAAGCUUGUUUUGCGAAAUAUGGUCAAGAGAUUGCAGGGGUGAUUGUUGAACCUGUCGCUGGAAAUAUGAAUCUGGUUAAACCAAUCAAAGGUUUCUUAGAAACGAUUCGUGAGCAAUGUGAUCAAUACAAAUCAGUAUUUAUUAUUGAUGAAGUGAUGACCGGUUUCCGUGUAGCACUCGGUGGUGCGCAAGCAUAUUAUAAUGUAAAACCUGAUUUAACGACUUUGGGUAAAAUCAUUGGUGCUGGAUUACCAGUCGGUGCAUUUGGUGGAAAACGUGAAAUCAUGGAAUGUAUCGCGCCUUUAGGCGGGGUUUACCAAGCAGGAACCUUGUCGGGUAAUCCUUUGGCUAUGCGAGCAGGGAUCAAAAUGUUUGAAACCCUUCGCCAACCCAACUUCUACACUGAUUUGUCUGCAAAAUUAGAUCAAUUAUUACAGGGUCUACAAGCGGCUGCGGAUGAAGCUGGAAUCCCAUUCUUUACUCAACAAGCUGGUGGUUUGUUUGGUCUUUACUUUACUGAUCAAACCGAAAUUAGCAGUUUUGACCAUAUUUUAAAAUGUGACAUUGAAGCAUUCCGUAAAUUCUUCCAUGGGAUGUUAAAUCGUGGUGUAAACCUUGCUCCAUCUGCAUUUGAGGCAGGCUUUAUUUCAGCUGCACACAGUGAUGAAGAUAUUCAGUUUACCAUUGAUAUGGCCAAACAAGUCUUUGCUGAAAUGCAAGCUUAA